GAAUAAACUUUUACAUUCUUAAAGAAUAUUCGAGUCCUAGACACGUAUUUAAAUACCUAAUUGGUAAAGUCAGCGGUGCAAGCGGAACAUCGUAAAUCCGAAUACCUACAAGAACCAUUAGAACACACGGAUAUAACCUCCUAUUUGAAAGCAUACACCGAACCCACCGAACCUCUCGCUAUGGCUGACGAAAUCAGAGAGAGACUGUUGGAACAGGUGAAGGAUCAAGGGGAACUUGUGCGAAAAUUAAAAUCUGCGAAAGCCAGCAAUAUUGAGGGUUUAACGAAUUCGUGCAAUAUAGAGACACAGUUAGAAGAUAUAAACCAUGAGUUUACCGACGUCAGUUAUGUUUGUGGCUGGAUACCUACCAUCAAAGAUAUUGUAUUAUUCAACCUCUGUGUCGCAUUCGAUGUACAAGUUUCUAAAUGGCCAAAUUUGAAAAGAUGGUUUAUGCAUAUACAAAGCUUCGAUGAAGCUGAACGUUCCGCGUUCCCUCGACCGGAAGGAUCACCUACAUUCUUGACAAAGAAAGUCGAUUGUAUAAGCAAUCUUUGCUUCUUUGAUCAGAACUCGAUCGAUCGAAAGAUAGCGGAUGAAGUUACCAAAUUGUUGGAACUAAAAGCUCAGUUGGGAGAAAAGAAUGAUAGCUCCAAGCUUAUUCUUAAAACGCCUAAAGGCACCAGAGAUUAUGGACCGGAACAAAUGGCUAUACGUCUCGGAGUUAUAGAUAAAAUAAUUACUAUCUUCAAAAGACACGGAGCACAGACUAUAGACACACCUGUGUUUGAAUUAAAGGAUGUUCUGACCGGAAAGUAUGGGGAGGACUCGAAACUCAUCUAUGAUUUGAAAGAUCAAGGUGGAGAGAUUUUGGCCCUCAGAUACGAUUUAACGGUACCUUUUGCCAGGUAUCUGGCAAUGGGGAAGAUCGCGUCCAUGAAGAGGUAUCACAUCGCUAAAGUUUACCGAAGGGACAAUCCAGCCACAACAAAGGGUAGAUACAGAGAAUUUUAUCAAUGUGAUUUCGAUAUAGCCGGUCAGUACGAUCCUAUGAUGCCUGACGCGGAAUGCAUCCGUAUUAUCUCUGAAGCUUUACGAUCGUUGGACGUAGGACUUUAUGUAGUCAAAUUGAAUCAUCGAUCGUUGCUGGACGGUAUAUUGGCAGUUUGUGGGGUUCCGCAAGAGACAUUUCGUGGUGUUUGCUCCUCGAUAGACAAACUCGAUAAAAGUCCCUGGUCGGAAGUCAGAAAAGAAAUAGUCGAAGAGAAAGGAUUAGACGAAUCGACCGCUAACAAAAUUGGAACGUAUGUGUCGCGAUCCGGCGGAGUGGAACUUAUCGGUGAAUUAAGAAAAGACAACGAAUUAAUGAAACACGAGUCUGCGGUAAAAGGUCUAGAAUCAAUGGAACUGUUGUUCGAAUAUUGCAACAUUUUCCAAGUAACGGAUAAGGUAAAGUUUGAUCUCAGCCUAGCCAGAGGACUCGAUUACUAUACGGGUGUAAUUUUUGAAGCUGUACUAAUCGGUGACGAUGUUGGUGUUGGAAGCGUCGCAGGUGGUGGCCGUUACGAUAAUUUGGUAGGAAUGUUCGAUAGUAAGAAAAAAUCGGUACCAUGUGUCGGUCUGUCGUUGGGAAUUGAACGCAUUUUCAGCGUCAUGGAAGCGAAAUUAAGCCGGGAAGGAUUGAAAACACGUAGAAUGGAAGUCGAAGUGUUUGUGGCGAGUGCGCAAAAGAAUUUACACGAAGAAAGAAUGAAAAUUUUAUCCGAUCUCUGGGAAGCUGGACUAAAAGCGGAACACUCUUAUAAAAAAAAUAUAAAAUUACUUGCGCAGUUACAAUACUGCGAAGAGAAUGGUAUACCGUUGGCUAUCAUAAUCGGUGAAGGGGAACUAGCCAGAGGCGAAGUGACGUUGAGGGAAGUCGUGUCUCGAGCACAGAUUCCAAUCUCCCGAGCAAACUUAAUCGAAGAAGUAAGAAAAAGGCUAGGAAAUUCAUGAAUUACUACA